AUGAUUGGAAGACACAGAGAUGUGGUUAUGCCGAACAUGCUGACAGAUAAGACGAAGUACAAUGGCAGUGAAGCCAAUGAUAUUGCAGUGCUCGUCCUGAGUUCGCCCAUUCCUCGGACAAAUUGUACCGAAACCAUCGAUUUUGCCAGCGAAACUCCUCAGGCAGGAAGUUGGGCUCUCACCACUGGAUGGGGACAAAUUGUGGAUAGUAUUAACGGUUUUUAUCCCGAAACUUUGAAGGGAGCCUACGUCUUGAUCGAAGACCACGAGAGCUGCAGAAAAGCCUAUGACAAGAAAUGGGCAUGUGGACCAAAUACGACUGUAACCAACGAAAUGGUUUGUGUCCAUGGAAAAAAUCAAGGACCUUGCAGAGGUGACUCCGGAGGUCCUUUGGUUAGCAUUUCCGAUAAGCAGCUAAUUGGCAUCACUUCGUGGUCUGUCCACUGUGGUCAUCCGUACUUUCCGGACGUCUUCACGGAUGUAAUUGUGCUCAAGGAUUGGAUUCUGCGCACAAGAAACAGUGUUCACGUACCCUCCACGGCCUUCUUCAUGAACGUCGGUGCCCAUGGAAACUAUACCGAUGAGCUUAAAGUCGGUUAA